AUGGUCCUCGGGGCAGGGCCCGGAGCCAACGAGGAUGCUGCUGGACACCUUACUGCCAAGCCCCACAUCACAGUGCCACCCUCAACUCGGGGAGGCACCGCUUGGGGCCAGGGUGCCCCUCCAGGCCCCAGAGACCUGACAGCGGCCCUCCUUACAGCCAGCACCACGGAGGCCAAGCAUGCCCGAAGCCACACCCACUUCAUCCACCGUCGGGGACCACCCACUCGGACCCACGUCAGUGGGAAGAGGGGGAAGCGGUCCAGGAUUGCAGGGGUCCGGCGGAGCCACACCCGGGUGCCAGGCUGGGCCCAUGAGAGACCAAUGGGGAGCAACAAGGAGGAGCAGGUCCUGCACUCACUAAGCCAGCUGGGACAGGAUGCAGGUGGGCUUGGGGCAGGGCCAGGGGACAGGAAAGCCUCCAGCCAGGCCAGAGCCUCUGACCCCCCACCUGCCCACAGACCUCCGGACGACACUGGUAUUUCCAGGCCUCAGGCCGCUCUCCUGGAGAGGCACCUGCCAGAGGGGGAGAAACAGCCCCACAGCAUCGGGCAAGGGCCCUACUUCUACAUCGGAGGCACCAACGGGGCCUCCAUAAUCAGCUCCUACUGCAGGGGCAAGGGUUGGCAGCGCGUCCAGGACAGCCGGCAUGAGGACUGCAAGCUGACGUGGUGUGAGCUCAAGUGCAGAGACAACUACUACCGCUUCCGGGAAGGCGAGCAGUUGUUGUACCAGAUCCCCAACAACAAGCUCCUCACCACCAAGAUCGGGCUGCUCAGUGCCCUGAGGGAGUACUCAAGGGUUGUGAACAAGAUCCACAAGACAUCACCAUGUGCCCAGGCCAAAUCUAUAAAGGACACAGCAUCUGCUCUUGAGGAGCUCACGUGGACCAGCCCAGGAUGCCUCAGGCCACAGAGGGUCCUGAAAAUGGAAGAAUUUUUCCCAGAGACCUAUCGUCUGGACAUCAGGGACGAGAGAGAGGCUUUCUUCACUCUCUUUGAUGAAAAUCAGAUAUGGAUCUGCAAGCCCACGGCCUCCAACCAGGGCAAAGGCAUCUUUCUGCUGAGGAACCAGGAGGAAGUCGCCGCCCUGAAAGUCAAGACCCAGAGCAUCGAGGACGACCCCAUCUACCGCAAGAUGCCUUUCAGGGCGCGUCAGGCGCGGGUCGUGCAGAGGUACAUCCAGAACCCCCUGCUACUGGAUGGGAAGAAGUUUGAUGUGCGCUCCUACCUGCUCAUUGCCUGUGCCAUGCCGUACAUGGUCUUCUUUGGCCAUGGCUAUGCCCGCCUCACCCUCAGCCUUUAUGACCCCCAUUCCAGCGACCUCAGCGGCCACCUGACCAACCAGAAGCGGAUGCAGCAAAUCAUGGCCCACUGCUUCCAGGCUGUCAAGUCCAAGCUCCACUGCAAGCUGGGCUACUUUGACCUCAUUGGCUGUGACUUCUUGAUUGAUGAGAACUUCAAGGUGUGGCUGCUGGAGAUGAAUUCCAACCCUGCCCUGCACACCAACUGUGAAGUCCUGAAGGAGGUGAUUCCAGGCGUGGUCAUGGAGACCCUGGACCUGGCAAUCGAGACCUUUCAGAAGAGCUUGCGCAACCAGAAGAUGCUGCCUCUGCGGUCACAGCGCCGCUUCGUGCUCCUGCACAACGGCGAGGCGGACCUGUGGCCGCGCUUAGGGGGCUCCCGCAGCGCCCUCCGCACGGGCGGCCUGGGCGCCGAGGAGCGGCGCGCCCUGGAGCGCGAGCAGGCGCGCCACGGCGACCUGCUGCUGCUGCCCGCGCUGCGCGACGCGUACGAGAACCUCACGGCCAAGGUGCUGGCCAUGCUGGCCUGGCUGGACGAGCACGUGGCCUUCGAGUUCGUGCUAAAGGCGGACGACGACUCGUUCGCGCGCCUGGACGCGCUGCUGGCCGAGCUGCGCGCGCGCGACCCCGCGCGUCGCCGCCGCCUCUACUGGGGCUUCUUUUCGGGCCGCGGCCGCGUCAAGCCCGGGGGCCGCUGGCGCGAGGCCGCCUGGCAGCUCUGUGACUACUACCUCCCCUACGCACUGGGCGGCGGCUACGUGCUCUCGGCCGACCUGGUGCGCUACCUGCGCCUCAGCCGCGAGUACCUGCGCGCGUGGCACAGCGAGGACGUGUCCCUGGGCGCCUGGCUGGCCCCGGUGGACGUCCAGCGCGAGCACGACCCGCGCUUCGACACCGAGUACAAGUCCCGCGGCUGCAGCAACCAGUACCUGGUGACGCACAAGCAGAGCCUGGAGGACAUGCUGGAGAAGCAGCAGACGCUGGCGCGCGAGGGCCGCCUGUGCAAGCGGGAGGUUCAGCUGCGCCUCUCCUACGUCUACGACUGGUCGGCGCCUCCGUCGCAGUGCUGCCAGAGGAAGGAGGGCAUCCCCUGAGCUGCGAGCGCAGCUGACCCACCGCACGUCACGUGGCGCUGGAGGGAGGCCAGGACGGGUGCCUCAGGAGGUGGCCACCGCAGCGAGUCCUUCGGGUCCUGUGGGGCCGCUGCUGAGGGGCCUCCCACUGGCCUUACACGGGCGAAGCUGGCCGGUUCGGCUAGUUACCCAGAACGAGUCCAGCCCUCGCGGGGGCCGGGUGCAUUUGGCGACCAGUGGGGUUUUCAGGCAGAUGCCAAGCAGCAGUGGACAGCCCCUAGGUCCCAGCUCUGGUGGGCACCCAGGCCUGUGCACCCCCGUGGCCACCAUGGGGCCUCACUCCAGACCCCGUCUUGUUCCGGGUCUGGGAGACCCGUGGGUCUUGCCAGGGCGACACAUAAUGUCGGGGUAGCAGUGUUCUGUCCCUGGAUCUCAGCCGGCAUGGGCCUAGACUCGGAAGAUGCCCAGCUUUGAGUGUGACGGCAGACAGCAGUGGCUUGCAGCCCCGCCCCGCCUGCGCACCUGCUGUCUUCUCCCCAGGUGGAGGAGAGCAGCCAGAGGCUGGAGCCGACAGGCACUUGCGGCCCUGGCCCCAAAGAACGCAUCUGGACUAGUUCGGGGGUGGGGGCUUUGUCUCGUCCUGCAUCCUGCGUUGACCGUCCACCUAGGAAAUCACCACACCAAGAGCUGUGGCUGCAGGGAAGUGACCCCUGGGCUCUUGCAUGUUGCCGCUUAACUGUGGGUUGCACCCAGUGGCUUUUAUCAGAAUCACCGUGGAUUUAGUGGGUUAGGUUACCUCUUAUGUUCCAUGUUGGUGUCAUUUGUCACGUGGCAGUCUAAGAUUUAACUGUUUUGUUAUUUAGCUCCAAUGGUAUUUUGGUCUGUGUUGCUUUAGCAUGAAUCCGUGGUAAAUGUAAUUCAGCGUUAGUCUGUGACUUAUAAACAUUGUAAAUUUGUGUAGGUAAGAGUUUAAGUUAGGAGUGUGUGGGUCUCCGUAUUUUUUAAAUUAUUUAAGGGAAGACUUUUCUAUCAGAACUUGAGCUUUGUGGAUUAAUCUGUUUUUACAGCUUGAGUUACAGACUUGUUACCGCCUGUGUGUUUAAAUGUGGAAGAAUUCUAAAAGUGUCCAUUUCUCUUUACAGUUUACACAAAAGUCAGUCCCAUUGUCUCUUUCUGAAAAGACUUUCCUUUUAAGGCUUCCUCACGGCCAUGCAGGGGCAAGUGUUUCUCACACACUCAUCUGUUAUGUUAGACUCUGGGCCCAAGUUCCAGGAAUCUGAACCCUUGGAAGCAUCGGUGAGGUUUCCCACAUUCUGUCUUAAGAAAACAGGCUCUGCUGGUUGGCGUGACCUUUUGGAGACAGAAAGCAUUCAUGCGCACCCUCCUGGCUGAUCACCUCUCAUACCUAACACAUCCUCAGAAGAUCAGGGUUCUUUUCUCCCCAUUAAAUGUGAAAAGUGAGUGUUGUGGUCAUCACAAAAGUCAAAUAAAGAGGCUCCAGGACAGCCGUGAGCCCUUCUGUCAGCCCA